UUCAAGAUAAUGGCAGUAGUCUUCUUCUAGUCCUCCCCUUCAUUCUUCCUCAACUUUUCUUUAAAAAACUCAGACCUAAGUCGUUAAGCAACAGAACAUACACUUGUUUUUAUUAUCUUAUUCUUGCUUCUUCACGGAUAUUCUGGCCGACUUUUUGAAGUUUUCUAGUGACGCAGUGGAAGUCUCUGGUUGUUUCUUGAACUGGUUUUUCAUGGGUUGAAUGAGUACUUUAAAAGGAGGGGGUUUGAUGAUGACGAUGCUGAGAUACAUUAAUUAGACAUAUUUUCCUUACUCUGUUCUCGAUUAAAUUACUCUGUUCUGGGUUUGAUUUAGACUACUUGUUAUAUGAUGAUGAUGAUGAAAAGGGUUUCUUGGCUUAGAUGGAUUCUGUUCAUGUUCAUUGCAAUCACUAACAUCACUAGUGGUCAUUGCUUAUCACUUCCUGGAAUUGUUCUCCUCGGCCACAAGGGCAGCAGCAUAGCUAUGAUGACACAUAACAGAAAAGUUAUGGAGGAGAUUUAUAGUCCAAGCAAUGCUAAGAGCAACAGUGCAGCUAGUGGAAAUGUAAACCUUGAGGAUUAUUCUCCUAUUGAUCCUGUACCCACUUCGAAAGCCGCCAUAAAAUCAGCACCAAUUCAGCACGGCACUCCUCUUAUGCCCUACAUUCCUAAGCCACCAGCAUCCCCAAUUCCCCCUAAGAAAGGAGCAUCUCCUGCACCAGCUUAAAUCUAUUUACUACUACUACAUGAAUACUACGAUGGCCACAGAAUUACACACAUCUAUGAAUUUAUGUAAUGAUAAAAAUGCGUAAUAACUACAAAGGAACCUUAAAUCUUUAAUCCCUUGUUGUUAUCAGGUGACCCUUCCUGUAUGAUACU